UAGUAAUUGUAGUAGUAAUUGUUGUUGUAGUUAUAAUAGUUGUAGUAGUUGUUGUAGUUGUUGCGACGUCACGACCCUACGUCAUAGCCUCACGUAGACGCGGACAGGCGGCUGUGGCGGCGGCGACAAAGUCCAGAAGAGCCACCGGGCGAUCUCGUGAUUAAACAACAACAACAAAGUGAAAUAAAGAACGAGAGUUUAUUACUAGGCAACAUCUCGUUGUGUUGACGAAGCAACCGCCGAGCGACAUGUCCGACGUUAAAGAGCAGCAGGAGGAGGAGGAGGAGAAGGAUCUGCGCAGCGUGUUGGUGACGAGCGUCCUCACUCUGGAGAAAAUCGACCAGGGCCUUUACAGGGGGUCGCAUCCCUGGGUGCCACGGUCAAACACGCUGUUUGGCGGGCAGAUCGUGGGACAGGCGCUGGUGGCGGCCGGGCUCACGGUGGGCAAGGGCCUCCACGCGCACUCACUCCACUGCUACUUCGUGCGUCCAGGAGACCCGCGGGUGCCGGUUCUCUACCAGGUGGACCUCGUGCGCGACGGCCGCAGUUUCUCGGUGCGCUCGGUGCGAGCCGUGCAGCACGGCCUCGCCAUCUUCGUGUGCCAGGCCUCCUUCCAGCUGGACCAGCCGAGCCCCAUGGAGCACCAGUGCUGCAUGCCCGAGGCGCCGCUCCCCGAGAGUCUGCUCACGUGGGCAGAGCUCAUCGACAAGGCCAUGCGGGACCCGUUGCUGUCCGAGCGACACCGACUAGGCCUCAGCAAGAUCCUGGCGAAAGACGUUCCCAUCGAGAUUCGUCCCGUGCUUCCCAUCGACUACGUUCCCGGCACCCCCCUCGAGCCCAGGCAGCUCUUCUGGGUCCGGGCGAAGGGGCACAUAGGCGAGGGCGACAUGAACAUGCACCGCUGCGUGGCCGCGUACAUCUCGGACUACUCGUUUGUGCGCACGGCGUGGCAUCCGCACGUGCGCAUGCCCAUGAGGUCCAUGGCGUCGCUCGACCACUCCCUGUGGUUCCACGCGCCGUUCCGCGCCGACGAGUGGAUGCUGUACGAGUGCGAGAGCCCCUGGGCAGGGUGGAGGACGGCCGACCACCGGGGCAGGCGUUGGAAUGGCCUUCACGAACGCGGUGAUGACCACGGGGAAGACCUGAGGCCAGAUGGGAGCAGCCGAGGCCUGGUGCUGGGCCGCUUGUGGAGGAGGGACGGGACGCUGGCAGUGUCCUGCGCACAGGAGGGCGUCUUCCGCCUGCGCCAGAAGACGCCAGGAGCCGUGCCAGCCAGCAAGCUGUGAAGGCCCCGAGGCCGACCCCUGGCGGCCGCGGCUCGCCACGGCGGAGUUGGAACGCCGCCCGGCCCCUGCCGGCUCGUUCCAUCGCGCUCGCUCGCCCGCUCGCUCGCUCAUCCACCACAUCCACCGCACACUCACUCACCACUCAGUCGCUCGCUCGCUCGCUCA